AUGUGGUCACCAGUCGCAGCAAUCAAGAAGAGCUUCCGAAAGUCCGGUGACGACGCGAAUCUUCCUCCACCAGCGCUUCUCAAUGACGAGGAUCUAGCGGAUGCAAAUGCAAACAGCAAUUCAAACAAUCGAUCUACUGCUGAAAUGUGGUCACCAGUUGCGGCAUUAAAGAGAAGCUUUCGAAUAAGGGCUUCGAACCAACAGCAGGAUUCCACAACAACAUCAACAACCGCUGGUCUUCCUCCACCAGCACUUCUCGAUGAAGAGGAUUUACAAGACGACGAGGACGCGAAUAAUAAUAAUGAUGGAAUUCACAGCAACGCUGAUGAAUCAUCAUCAAAUGACCAUCAUCAGCAACAGCAAAGAACAAACAGCAGUCAUAAUGAUAAUGACAACAGUAACGGUGGGAAUUUAGAACAUAAAGACAAUCCGGAUGAUAGCAAUAGUAGUAACUAUGACGAACAUCCAAACAUUGAUAUUCCCGAAAACGAUGAGACCGCACCACCUUCGCCUGGAUUCAAUACUCGACUUUCUGGAUUCAAUACGCGACUGUUGGCCGAUGACGAUCUCGGCGAUGUGGACAAUGAAGAAAAUGAUAAUGACGAUGAUUUGGAUGACGUGGAAGAAUAUCAAGAUGCCAGGCAAGAAGAGGAGUUCGACUUUUCGGGCCAAGACGACGACGAUCUGAUUGCUCGAGCUUUCGCUGGUGUAGAUGUCAGUGACAACGAGGAAUACGGGGAGGAAUACUUUAAUGAAUGGUACCUCAUGGACGACGAAGAAGGUUUCUUGGCUCCAAUUCUGUUUGAAGAUGGCAUGAACUCGGAUGAAUGUGACUUGUAUUACAUCACACUGGAGGAAGAUAAAUUGCUGAUGCAAGACAUUGAUGGCCCCAGUCCGAUUAGCACUCUGGCACGGCGGUCGUUGCCAACCCAAUUUCGAUCCGCAUUGCCGUUACGACCAUUGGAAGAGGAAGAAUCAGAUGAGCUGCCAAGCUGCUUACGAGAACCAAAGAAGCGACCUGUGGAAAAUGAGUUGGUACCACUCCGACGCCGUUCCUUUGGAGGAUUGCCAACGCUACAGGAGCUGCCAGAGUUCUACCGGGCACAUUCCUGUCCAGAUCUUUCCAACUUGCAUUCUCCACAAUUUAAGCCCAAGGUGAACUUUGAUACGGAAGUGCAAGUGGUGAGUGUAUUUGCGGCAAGUGACUAUCCUCGGAGGAUUCGUUCCAAUCUGUGGUUGACCCGCAAGGAAAUUCGUUCCAUUCGGAAAGAAGCAUCCUACGAGAGGAGAAAGGAACGGCGGCAGAGAGAAAAGGACUAUGCUGCCGGUCGUGGUACAUUCUAA